AUGGUGGUUGCAGGGAAACUUCAGAAUCCAGCAGUUCUCAUUUGCGAUAUGCAAGAGAAAUUUCGCCAACCAAUCUAUGGAUUUGAACAUUGCGUCGCUACAGCUAAGAAGCUCCUUGAAGCGACCAAAAUCCUUGAUAUCCCCGUCUACGUAACUACACAGAACAGAGCCCGCCUUGGAGAGACUGUCUCUGAGCUUUCCAUCGAGCAUGCAAAAGGCGACUGGGAUAAGACCCUAUUCUCUAUGGCUAUUCCAGAGCUUAAAUCGGCAUUGUCACAUGCUCCUCACUCCAUAGCCAUCGUUGGUAUCGAAAGUCAUAUCUGUGUGACCCAAACAACUCUAGAUCUCUUAAAGCUGGGGCAUAAGGUCUACGUACUAGCCGAUGGAGUAUCUUCCUGUAAUAAACAAGAAGUGCCUCUGGCACUAGCCAGAUUGCGCGCGGAGGGCGCCAUCAUCACAAGCAGUGAAAGUUGGAUAUAUGAAGUUAUGGGUGAUGCCAGCAUUGAAGAGUUUCGAAAGAUUGCCUCUGUGGUCAAAGAUACAAAACAGUCAACCUCAAUGUCCCUUCAAUCUCUCUUGUAA